AUGUCGCAUCAAAAUUUCGAUGUUGUGCAUCGUGCAAUCAAGUACAAUUUUGAAGAAAUGCCUGAAAUUUUUAUUAUUCAACACUUAAACUACCACGAAUAUAAAUCAUCUGUUACUAAUUUUGCUGGUAAUUUUUGGAUCAACUUAUAUAUAAAUGAUGACAAAAUUAUAGAAGAGGACCACAAUUGUAUCAUUAAUGAUUUUUAUGAUUUAAUUAAGACUAGCUUUAUAAAUUUAAAAUACUUUGUUACAAAAGAAAAAUCAACUGAUUAUACAUUAAAAAUUCAACUCAAAGAUUUAAUUAACACCAAAAAUUAUUUCAAUUAUGAAUCAACAAUCGAUGUUAUUAAAAUUAAUUUGUUUAUUUAUACUCCCAGAUUAAAUAUUGAAUUUAGUGCCUUUGUCUUGCCAUUAGACACUUUAUUAAAAUUUUUGGUAAUAGAUUUAGAUUUUUUCAUUCCCAUUGCAAUGUCAAGAUACAGUAGAAUUCAAUUGAAUCAAAUGAUUUCUGUGUUUGAUUCAUUAUCAUUAGUUAAAGAUUUAAGAACUGAAAAAAAUCUUUGUGGUCGUCACGACUUCAAUAAUGUGUCAACUUUUGAAGAUUCAAGAAUUUUUAUGGAAGUUGUUGAUGAUCAGGGUAAUAUAGGACAACUACCAAUUCCAAGAUCCAAUAAUGAAUUAUUCGAGCCACAAGAAGAUGAAGAUUCCUCAGAAAUUUCCUUCGACCCUAAUACAGAUUUGAGUUGUUAUCCAGUUUAUUUACCAGAAGAACUUCCUUAUGUGAAUACUGGGUUUUUUGAAACAAAGGAUUAUGUGGAAGAAGAAGAUCAGGAAGAUGAAAGAGACGAAAGUAUGGAGUUUUUUGGUUUACCAGUUCCCAACCUGAAUUUAACAUCCAACUUUAACACUGAUUAUAAUACUAAUACAUUUAAACAAAUUGAUUCUCGUCAGAUAAUAAAAGAUUUAAACAAAGAAGAUAAUGAGGAUGAUGAUAUUAAUUUGAAUCAAGAUCUAAAUCAAAAGGUAAUAAAAGAAAUACGUGAAACAGUCAAAAAUUUUAGAUGCUAUUUUUCAUUCGGUCAGGUUAAUCAUGAAACAGAAUAUAUGAUUUCAAAAUCUGGAAGAGUACAUGUUAGUCAUUUGUUAGAAUCAUAUUACAAAUACGUUGGACUUGGUGAAAAACUUAAAAACAUGGUUAAUGAACAAUUGAAAAAUGAUCAAUAUCUUGAUGGGGUUAAGAUGUUGAUGAAAAAAAGAUAUGAGUUUUCAUUACAUUCAAUAAUUCGUUAUAAAAAUGACAAGAUCAAUUACAAGAAAAAAGAUGUGUAUAUUCUGAUACUUGGUGAUAAAUUUGACAAAAGCAUACAUGGAAAAAAGAAAUCGAAAGGUAAAAAGCAAGGAUUUGUCAUUUAA